AUGAUGUAUCCCGCUGCGCUGGAUCUUCCUUACAUCCUGUCAGAAUGCGAGGAGAUCAAUUGUGUUCUGUAUAAGCCGAUCAACUCGACGCAACGAAUAAAGUAUACAUGCUUCAACGCCUCAGCAAGCUACCUUAUACUAGGUUCCACCAGCGGUAGUGUCUACCUCUUCUCUAGGGAACCAUGUUCAUUCUUGCAAAUAAUACCUCUAUCGGAGGGUGUGGUUUCGCGUGUCGCGAUAUCACCUGACGAAAAGACUGUAGCCUUAGCAACAACUCGUGGUACUAUCUGUCUAGUCUCUCUAAAGUCCACUCCACAGUUAAUAGCUGUAUCUACGGAGCACAUGUAUGAACAAAUCACUUGCCUCUGCUGGAACAGUAACAGUAUAGAGAUAUAUGUAGGAGAUGCAGUCGGAAGAGUUUCUAUCAUGGUGCUGUCGAUAUUCACGGUUAAUGGAAUGUUUCAAGCGCCAACCUGCACGCUGAUGAACCUAGACUCGAGCAUCGUGCAACUGAGCUUCUUCCCGCCUCUGCUGUUGGUCUCCACGUUGUCGCGCUGUUACAUCUGCAACACGGUGCAAGAGCAGUACAAGCAGAUAGGCAACAAGCCGCGGAACGGCGAGUUCGGCGCGUGCUUCUACAAGGUGCACGCGAACGAGAACGCCGCCCUGGACACCCAAAGGGAGGAAAGGAAUCUCAACAAGACGCGAGGCGCGUUCAACCUGGUUUCCGACAAUGACAGGAACAUCCUGGACAGCCAUCACUCGAAGAUCUUCUGCUGUCGACCGGGCUCGAGGUUGUGGGAAGUGUCGGCCGAUGGGAUCGUCGUUAAGACGCACCAGUUCAAAGAGGCCCUGGCCGUUCCUCCGACGGCGUUAUUCCGAUCGAACAGCACUCUAGGAUCUAGUCAGCAGGGAGAGACGGAGUGCGAUUGGCCGCCGCAAUCCGUCAACUUCUCGCACCUGUUCGUGAUAGCGUACAAGUAUUUAUUUUCCUACACAACCAGCGGCCUGUACAUUAUCGAUCCCGCGAACGCUAGCGUGCUGCUGUGGAGCAACGAGUACGCGAAUGUCAGCAUGACGGCGGUCGUGGAUGAUCGGAUCUACCUGAUGACCUGUGAUAACGAGUUUCAUUGUCUAACGCUGACAUCACUCGACAGUCUGAUACUGCGACUGUAUCGUCGCGAGCAAUACAGCGAGUGCUUGACCGCCUGCUUUGUAUAUAAAUCGCACUUGUCAAAAAUCGUCACUCAGGAUGCGAAGGAGAUUGUCGAGCUACUCGAGGCGAAAAGUCUGCCGGAGAUACUGCAAGAUGAGGAGGCGUUGACGCUGUUGCGGUCGUUAAUAACGCUUCUACAGGCUGCUGGCAGUAACAGACCGGCUAAACUGGACUCCGGAAUUGUAGUUGUGCACUCUGAGAACAGCGACAGCCUCGCCGAGAACAGUAGGAGAGCGUACGGUUGCGAGUUGACGCCCGCCUCACGAUCUUCCGAUAUAUUCAACGAGGAUUCAUCUGAAAUAGAAAUAUUGGAGCCGGGAAGAGAUGCGGAUGGCAAUAUCGCGGAAGGAAACGCACCUGAAGCGGCUGCGGAUGACGUACGUGACGAGAGAGUCGAUUCGCGUCGCAAGGACGAAGUGUUGGGUGCCAAAGAUAAUACUCCAAAGUCCGAUCCUCAGGAAAACAUAACGCACAUGGUGCAGUCUGACCUGCAGCCGAUUUACGCUCUGGCAAACAGCGUGAGAUCUAGUAUGUCGGAGAAGGAGGUCGAGGAGGUUGCCUCGGAGAUGGAGAGGCGGAUGAGAACCAUUCGGGAAUCGUACUGUGACAUGCCUGGGCUUCAAAGCUUCAUCUACGAGAUUACUCGCGCUGCCGAGCUUCACUAUUACAACGCCUUCCUGGAGAACGUGUCGAUGCAGUUGCUUUACUCCACCGGUAACGAUUACAUCGUGCGACAGUUCGCGAAGGCCUUCGUUGAGAUCAACGCGUCGGGGAGCGGCAGAUGCAGCUGCGGUUACCCGUAUCCCCUGGACGAGGAAGCCGCGGAACCGAAGUUCCUGGCAGUCGGCGAGGCUCUGAUCAAGCGGCACGUAGAAGACCUGCCGGAGGAAUGCGGCAACAUCUGCGACCAAGUACCUUACAUGUGGCGCGAGUACGUGUCCGUCCGCGUCGCACGACGCAGCGCGCUGGACAACCUGUUGAGACAGUGCCUUCAGACCAGGGACAACGUCACACUCUCGCUCCUUCUGCCAGCGCUGAACGAGCAACAAUGGGCUUGCGUGAGCGCGUGUCUGAACGAGAUGGAAGAUGGUACUUGCCUGUUCUGCGCGAUGCCCCUGGUGAAGAAACCCGAUUACAAACUGUUGAUGGAUUGGAGCGGGAUUGCCAGGGAAAUCAUGAAGAGGGAGGGACCAGAUGAGGCCGUGGCGUUUCUGAUCAAGCUGGAAAGCGUGAUACCAGACGUUAAUUUGGAUCGAAGUAUAUUCCAGUCGAUCAUAUUUACAAAGAUGCUGCAUCGCCGUGGCUUGAAGAAGUCGAUUGAUUUUAGUAAAAUUAAUCAAUUGACGUCGGAGUUCGGUACAAUGUGCUCACCACAGGUGCGCGACCAACUGGCCAAAACCCUCGAACACGAUUUAAGGCGGUCGAUAGACAAAAAUGUGUUCGGGACCGGCGCUCAUCACUGGGGCAUGCGUUAUCAGGCCAAAUCAUUGACGUGCCCGUGCUGCACGCUAUCCUUAGAGACGCCGAUUCUAUUAGGUAACAGUGGGAUCGCGAUCUUCCGAUGCGGACACGCCUACCAUGUAAAUUGUAUGAUAGAGAGAAAGCUCACUAAAUGUAAUCUUCAUCAGUAAAUAUUGUAAAUACGAGUUAAAUAAAACAGUUACAUGCAUUC